AUGAAUUGCACAACUGCAUGCAAACUCUAUAUUAGAAAAUCGAAAUUCAAUCUCACAGAGUUUAGGGUUCAAACCCCUAAUCUUGCCAUGAGACUAGAUGAAUGGAUGAACACAGAAGGGAAUAGUACAAUUUGGUGUUAUGUAUAUGGCACUCCAAAACCACCGCCAGCACCAAACCCAGCACCACCACCACCACCAAAACCUCCUCCAAAUCCACCACCACCACCUCCACCACCACCAACACCACCUCCAAUACCUCCACCUUUGCCAAAACCUCCACCGGCUCCGAAGCCUCCUCCAGCACCGCCGCCUCCUCCAAAUCCUCCCCCGCCUCCAACACCACCACCUACUCCUCCACCACCGCCUGCCCCACCGCCAAAGCCGCCUCCUACACCCCCACCUAAGCCUCCUCCACCACCUCCACCAAGUCCUCCUCCUCCACCUAAUCCACCACCUGCACCGCCACCUAGGCCUCCACCAUGUCCGCCUCCUAAACCUCCACCAGCUCCUCCUCCUAAUCCACCACCAUGUCCGCCUCCUAAUCCUCCACCAGCUCCUCCUCCUAAUCCACCACCACCCCCUAAACCACCACCAUGUCCACCACCUAGACCACCACCGCCUCCUAAUCCUCCUCCAUGUCCAAUGCCACCACCUAGACCACCACCGUGUCCAAUGCCACCCCCUAGACCUUCACCAUGCCCACCACCUAAACCACCACCACCUCCUAAGCCUCCUCCAUGUCCAAUGCCACCCCCUAAACCCCCACCAUGUCCACCACCUAAACCACCGCCGCCACCUAGGCCUCCACCCCCUCCACCACCAAGCCCACCACCGCCACCUAGACCUCCACCUCCUCCACCACCAAGGCCACCACCUCCACCUAACCCACCACCAGUUCCACCACCAAAGCCACCACCUGCACCACCUCCUAAACCCCCACCUCCGCCUAAACCGCCACCUCCACCAGCUCCACCUCCAAAACCUCCACCUGCACCACCGCCACCACCAAACCCACCUCCCCCUCCGCCUAUACCACCACCACCAAACCUGCCAUACAAGAAAUUUAUUGGUCCAACUGUCCUCCUUGUCCAACAUACAAGUUUCGAAAUGAUGGCUCUGUCUAUCACAUAUGAGAUUGAAUCUCUAAAAAGGCUAAAUAGUAAUGGGAGUAUCAUUUAUGGUGCCCGUCUUUUGCCAUUACUGUUAAUGGGAUCAACUAAUUAA